AAUGACUUUGGAACUUAACCAAGACGUUUAAGUUUAUAAAUAUGAUUUCCAUACUUUGUGACAUUUACAGUUAAAUAUUUCGGACAUUAAAUGUUUUGUUUUUUUCGAAAUAGAAACUAAAAAUGGUUUGUUGUGUGUUCUGCGCGGGUGAAGGAUUCUGUUCCAAAUGUGUCAGUAUCAUGGUCAGUUUAACAUUCUCAUUCCAUGCAUUUGGGUUCCUGAGCCCUUAUUGGUUUUGUGAUGGGGACGAUUGUAAGCUGAUGGGGUUGUACUUUCAUUGUUAUGACGGAACUUGUGAUGGCGAAGUGUUGGACGACCCUAUUCUUACACUGGUUGUGAUAAUACUUAUUUCUAGCCUAACGUUGGCCUUGACAUUGUGUUUUGUUCUACAUUGCACGAAAUACGAGUGGAGGAAAAUGUCACCAAAAAUGUCGUUGUUUAUUGGAGGCUGGUUCCUAAUACAAGAAAUACUUACAACAUCUGUGCUGAUAGCUAUUGCCGUCAAGUAUGACCGGAUAGGUUGGUCAGCUUACGUGUUUACAGUGCCCGGGAUAAUCUUCCUGGGCUUUAUGAUGCUUGUACUGAUAUACAUGUGGUGUUUUCCAACGAAAACUGUCAACCCGUCUUGAUUUUCCUUAACUACUAUUGUAGUAUUUUGUAUAAAAUUCGUUUAUUGUGGACUUGUAUGAAUUUUGCAUAGCACUUUUAGUUGUUUUUGUGAAACAUAAUUACAUUGUAUUGUUAAAAGUUGAAUAUUUAUGUAAAUUACUGCCUGAAUAUUCGGCCGGGAAGGACUCUCCAUACAGAGAGAAAACAACAACAGAAACAACAAUAUACAUUCAUGUAUUUCAGGAGCACUAUAUUA